CAAGAUGGCGGCGCCGCGCUCGGGUCACGUGGGAAGCUGAGGCGAAGCGCUCCACCCAGGCCCGGCCGCGCUUCCUCAGUGCCGAGGCCGCCGCUGCCGCCGCUCCUGCCGGGCGAUUGUGACGACGACGCCGCCGCCCUUGGAGCCCCCUCCGGCCCGCAGAGAGCCCCCUCCGUUGCCGCGAGCCAGGAAGCGCCACGAUGGGGAGGCCGCGGCCUAGCCGCCUCUCCGUCCCGCUGCUACUGCUACUGCUGGUUUUGGGAGGCCGCGCAGGCCUCGGCGCCGCUUUCUACCUGCCCGGCUUGGCGCCCGUCAGCUUCUGCGAGCCCUCGGACACCAAGCAGGAGGGGCCCGCCGUCCGUUGUUCGCCCAAAAUUGAGCUGUUUGUAAACAGACUGGACUCGGUUGAAUCUGUUUUACCGUAUGAAUAUGACGCUUUUGAUUUUUGCAAAGACCAAACGGAAGAGAGACCUUCAGAAAACCUCGGACAAGUUCUGUUUGGCGAGAGGAUAGCCUCUUCCCCUUACGAGUUUACAUUUAAAAAAGAUGAAGAGUGCAAGAAAGUUUGCGUGAAAUCUUACGACCCAGAGAAGCCAGAGGACAAAAACAAACUGGAUUUUUUGAAGAAGGGGAUGCAGUUGAAUUACCAGCAUCACUGGAUUAUAGAUAACAUGCCCGUGACUUGGUGUUACAAUGUGGAAGACAACCUUAAAUACUGUAAUCCUGGAUUUCCAGUUGGGUGUUACAUUGCAUCAGACGGCCGGAUAAAAGAUUUCUGUAUAAUGAGUGAUGAAUUCAACAAGAAGAACACCUUCUACCUCUUCAAUCACGUCGACAUUACAAUCACCUACCAUAGUGGCAAAGACGAGAGCUGGCCUGGAGCAAGGCUCGUUGCAGCUCAGCUGGAGCCCAAGAGCUACAAGCAUACAGAUAUAAACAAUUUAUCCUGUAAGGGUCCCCCUAUGGAAAUUCCUGCAGAAUUUAAUAGCAAACUGGAUGUGAUCUAUACAUACUCCGUGAAAUUUGAAGAGAACAACAAUAUAAAAUGGGCAUCCCGAUGGGACUACAUCUUGAAAUCCAUGCCUCACACCAACAUUCAGUGGUUCAGCAUCAUGAAUUCCCUGGUGAUCGUCCUCUUCUUAUCCGGGAUGGUCGCCAUGAUUCUCCUAAGGACCCUUCAUAAAGACAUCGCCAGAUACAACAAGAUCGAUUCUUCGGAAGAUGCACAGGAGGAGUUUGGGUGGAAGUUGGUCCACGGAGAUGUGUUCAGGCCGCCCCGGAAAGGCAUGCUGCUCUCCGUCUUCCUAGGGCAAGGGACGCAGAUUUUUAUCAUGACGUUCAUUACUUUGUUCCUUGCCUGCCUCGGUUUCCUCUCACCAGCCAACCGAGGGGCUUUGAUGACAUGCGCGGUGGUGCUCUGGGUUUUGCUGGGGACCCCAGCGGGCUACGUAUCUGCUCGGAUGUACAAAACAUUUAGGGGUGAAAAAUGGAAGACCAAUGUGUUGCUGACGGCUCUCUUCUGCCCCGGAAUCGUGUUUGCUGACUUCUUCAUUAUGAACCUUAUCCUGUGGGUGAAGGGGUCUUCAGCUGCAAUUCCUUUUGGGACCCUGGUGGCGAUCUUAGCCAUGUGGUUUGGAAUAUCCGUCCCGCUCACCUUCAUUGGCGCCUAUUUUGGGUUCAAGGAGAAGCCCCUCGAGCACCCCGUGCGAACGAACCAGAUUCCUCGCCAGAUCCCCGAACAAUCCUUUUUCACUAAGCCUCUGCCGGGCAUCAUCAUGGGUGGCAUCCUGCCCUUCGGGUGCAUCUUCAUCCAGCUCUUUUUCAUCCUGAACAGCAUUUGGUCUCACCAAAUGUACUACAUGUUUGGCUUCUUGUUCUUAGUCUUUAUCAUCCUCCUGAUUACCUGUUCGGAGGCCACCGUCCUGCUUUGUUACUUUCACCUGUGUGCUGAGGAUUAUCACUGGUGGUGGAGAUCAUUCCUGACCAGCAGCUUCACCGCCGUUUAUCUCUUCAUCUACGCCAUCCAUUAUUUCUUCUCAAAACUCCAGAUUACUGGUAUUGCUAGCACCAUCCUGUACUUCGGGUAUACUAUGAUCAUGGUCUUGAUAUUCUUCCUGUUCACAGGAACAAUCGGUUUCUUCGCUUGCUUCUGGUUCGUCAGUAAGAUUUACAGUGUGGUGAAAGUAGACUGAAGAAUCCCAGGUCUUGCUUUUGAACCCGCUUCUUGAGUUGCCGGAGACCCAAGGCAUUAACCAUGUACAAAAGACACAAAAGCAUUUCAUCUUUAAAUAGUUAAGAUAUACCCAGAGCUUCUAUCUUGGCAUCCAAAAGGCAGGUUUUAAAUGGAAUGGACGUAAGUAGCGUGGAUCCUUCCGAAAAAAAAUGACAUGCUUUUUUCCCCCAAACACUUCAUCCAGAUAUAUAUAUAUAUUUUGUUGGCUGGUUAGUUGGUUGGUUUGGUUUGCUUGAAAAAGACCCAACAUCGAUUUAAUAACAAAAGCCAAACGCAUUAUGUUCAACACUCGGCUCUCCCGAUGGAGAAUUCUCGUAAAUCUUUUAUUUUCUACAUGGUUAAUUGAUUAUUUUGUCACGGAAGAGGGGCUGUCCGGUUUACAAAAAAAAAAAAAAGGUGACUUAAAAAUCAAUUUUGGAUCUCUUUCGCCGUUGGCUGUCACCUGAUUCAAGAGGACAGCCGUUCAAUGUCUAGUGCAGAUUUCUGAGGGGUGGGAGGAAAAAACCGAACAUUUCCUCUGUUUUAAAUAAAACGACCCAAUUCCAGCA